GAAACGUCAGUAGAAAAAGUUUGUGUCUGUUGCCUAAUCCGAAGGAAACCAGACUGAGUGAGGCUUGCUUUCUUGGUGGUGCCCAAGUCAGAAUGGUUGUACCUGUUCUUGGUCAAGAUGCUGUGAAGAAUAUUCAAGAAAGCAACAAUAGCAAAAAUUGUAACAAAAAUUCCACCAUCACUAAAAACAGGAAUAACAGCAAAAAUAAUAGUAAAAAUAAAGAACUUGUCAAGAGCGUUGAAAGUGAGAACAACGGAGAGCAAUAUUCUCCUCCAAAGCAUUGUUUCAAUUACCGUGUCAUUGAAUAUAAGCCUCCAUUGGACAAAAAUGAAGAGAAGUGCAAGGAUGACCAGUUCUCAGUAUCCCAGUUACCUGCAUCCAACAAAGCUCUUGAUGCAAAAGAGGUGGAGAAGCUAUUACAAAAUGUUCUCUGGAAGAGCAACCAGCACGAAAAGAAAACUGAGGGUGGAGUUGAGACUACUGGCAGCGGAGGAUGUGACACUGGGUACUCCUCUCGCUGCUCCACCCCACCUGGGCCUUCCUGUCUCUCUGAUGCUAUUGACCCAAAACACGGUACCAAACGUCACCUAGAUGUACCGGCGAGGAGAAGCACCAACAACAGUAAUUGUGAAUCACGAAGUGGGUCCCCCAGUGCCUGCAGUGUCAGCUCUCAGGGAUCUUACCGCAAUCCCCGACAGAAACGGAGAUACAAUAAUAAUUCCGAUGGACAAAAUAUUCACCACAAUAAUCACGCUUAUUCUCAUCACCAUCCCCUCCAUCAAAAUCAGCCCCAUCAACCACAUCACCAAUCCAACCAUCAACCAUAUCACCAAUCCAACCAUCAGCCCCAUCAUCAGUCCAAUAAUCAAUCCCACCAACCCCAUCUUCGCUCAAACUAUCCUUACAUUAAUUACCACCAUAACCAAUAUCAUAAUCAUCCUAACCACCAUGGGGGUUAUAUGGGUAAUGGGAGUGUUGCACGGGGAAACGGCCAGUACUACAACCAGCACUGUCCAGAUCUGGCAUACAGGGACUGCAGCAACUUUCAGAGCCAGAGAUAUGAGAAGGGGUACAAUAACUAUGGCUACUUUGGGCACAUCGACCACCGCUGGAGGGACUUUAACCAACAUAUUGGCGAUGAACGCUAUGGGAGAUUUAAUCAGGGAAGGGUAUAUAGUAAAUAUAAUGCAAAUCAGUACAAUGCCCAUUGCUUACCACUCAGUGAUAGCACUCUGGACCAAAGCAGAUGUCUGAGUGGACGUGCAGGAACAUUCAGUGAGGAAAGAAUAAAUGUGUAUACUAAGUGGAAAUGUGAAGUGGUUGAAACCCCCAGUGAACUGUUGACAGGAACAGAAUGGGACGGUCUGACAAAGCAAGUUUGGGAUACAUUCCGCAGACAUCAGCAGAAAAAUGACACAUUUUACAAGAAGCUCAAACUACGGGAGAAGAUUUUCAAAGUCAUCAGGAAUGUGUUGCCAAAUUGUCGGUUAUAUGUAGUUGGGUCAUCUCUAAGUGGAUUUGGUGCAGACUGCAGUGAUGUAGACAUGUGUCUCAUGGUUACCCCUGGUGACCUUGAUCAGCGUACUGAAGCAACUGCCGUCCUGCGUCUUCUCCAGAGAGAACUCAACAAUUGUGGCUCAAUUCAAAAAAUGGAGUUAAUACGUGCAAAGGUGCCCAUUUUGAAGUUCCGAGAUGCAACUUCACAAGUGGAUGUGGACCUCAACUGCAACAAUGCUGUUGGGAUUCGCAACACACACCUUCUCAACUCGUACUCACAGUUGGAUUGGCGUGUUCGUCCUCUGGUCCUGGUGGUGAAACUUUGGGCUCAGUAUCACAAUAUCAACAAUGCCAAGGACAUGACCAUCUCCUCGUAUUCCUUGGUACUCAUGGUCAUACAUUACCUGCAGCAUGGUGUAGAGCCACCGGUUUUGCCAUGCUUACAGAAGACCUUUCCAGAAAAGUUUCGUGCCUAUGCACAAAUUACAUCCAUCCCAGUUACGGAAAAGAUGCCAACUUUCACCUCCAACAAUCAUGAUAGUCUUGGCAAGUUGUUACAUGGGUUCCUUGACUACUUUGCCAAUAAAUUUACGUUUAUUGAAGAGACAAUCUCAGUGCGGACUGGAGGGACGGUACCCACAGCUCAUUGUCGCAAUGUCAAGUCUCGAAAGAAUGAUACAAGAAUGUGGAAAUACCUUUGCAUUGAAGGUUUGUAAUAUUUGAAAAGCUGUAGUAAAUGCAUCUGUAAU